AUGUCUCAUUUUCACAGUGUUGGGAUCUUUCCCGCCUCUGGUGGUAUUGGAGGUGGUACUGUCAAGCACAUGUUAACACGGCUUCCUCCCACCGAUCUCAUCCUCAUCAGCCGCCACCCUGAGAACCUUGCUUCUGUCAAAGCCCAAGGAGCCGAAAUUCGUCAAGCGGAUUACGACGAUGAUUCCGCGCUACAGCAUGCAUUUCAUGGUAUCGACACACUUUUUUUGAUCUCGUAUGCCUCCGUUGAGCAUGAAUACAGAUCUCAGCGCCACAAAGCGGCGAUUGAUGCAGCCAUACGCAGUGGGGUCAAGUAUAUCUUCUACGGAUCUUUAGGCUUUGCUGGAACACCAGACAGCAAGGAAAGUGUGGCACACGUCAUGCAGGCACAUCUCGAUACUGAGAAGUAUUUAGAGACAUGUCGACAAAACAACGCUGGCUUUGCCUAUACCAUUGUCCGUGAGGGUCUAUACUCCGAAUCGUACCCUCUGUACACUGCCUUCUUUGACCCGGCGCGGCCUCGAAGGGAGGUCAAGAUUCCUCACGAUGGAUCGGGGCCUGGCAUUUCAUGGGUGAAGAGAGAGGAGCUCGGCGAGGGCACAGCGGAGCUCAUCUCGCGGUAUGUAACUGAGAAAGAAAAGUUCCAGUGGCAAAACAAGACUAUUCUCUUGUCUGGAGAGAAAACGUUGACCUUGGCAGAGACGGUGGCAAUUCUUGGCGAAGUCGCGGAGGUCCCUCUUCAAAUCAAGCAGGUUUCUGUCGAUGAAUUCGCUACACAACCUGACGUUUCUCUCAAUUUUACCUAUCAUGGUGCGGACUAUUCUAAGCCAUGGGCAACGGCCUUUGAGGCUUUUAGGCAGGGCGAAGCAUCCUGGGUCUCUCCAAUUCUAAAGGAGCUUUUGGGAAGGGAACCUGAAGAUUUCAAGACAACUAUUUGCCAGUCAAUGUAA